AUGGAAUGGUCCAGCUCGACUCUUUGCGCUUUUACCACGGAACGAGUCGCUGCUCGGUACUUAGCCAUGAAUGGUGACCACAACGACGAUGAAGCGCCGCAGCAGCACCAUGGAUCGGGCGACAAUGCUGCAGCUGGGCCUUCCAACUCGAAUCAGAUCAGCACGUCGUUCUUUCCACCCCCGCCUCAGGUCUACAAGAACUUCACAAAGCGCAACUUGAGAUAUCUCGAUAUUCUCAACUCGCAUCCGUUGGCAGAUGGCGAACCUUCGUGGGAUCAGCUAGAUGCGACACAGAGGCUCGAGCGUCAAAGUGCGAUACUUCGACAGCACACCUCAACCUCCAAGACCAGUGCUCAGGAGCAGCAAGACGACGAUGUCGAUAUGGCUGUCGUCGAAGACAGCGCCAACGACCAAGGGUCUGACGAACUACCGGACUUUGAUCUGAAAGCAGAGCUCGAACCACCAAACGUGGAUUGGAUCGAAGAGGACGGUGGAUACACAGUCUUUGGGCAGCUGUGGCCCAUCCCCGAUGUGAUGCCAUCUCUAGAACAGCUCGGCAUUCCCGUCCUAUAUCCACUCGAAGGCACAGAUCGCAAGGAGCUGCUUCUCACCCUACUACGGACACUCCUGCAAACAUAUCGAGAGAUCACCGGUGACUUGCUGAAACCUGCGCAGCCGUACGACGUGUGGGUGCCUGCUGUUCCAGAUCCAAGCCUCACACCGGAGCAACAGCAACAGCAAAUGGCGACCAACCCAGGAUUUUGGACCCAGUCGACCGAAGCAAAGGAUAGGCUGAAGCACAUGCAGAAUGUAGUGGUCAACAUGCAGUUCCUCAUCAACGAGCUGAGACCGGUGCAGGCAAAGGAGACGCUCAAGUUGAUCAUGCAGAUGCAGCUCGAGAGGCGGAAGCAGGAGACCAAGCUGAUCAGGGACAAGUGUGAGAGCAUGCGUUCUCGUGUUGAAGAGCUCAAGGCUAUGCUUGCGAAGCAGAGCAGACCAUGA